AUGGGAUCUUCAGGGCAAUCUCAACAGUUAUCUGCCCCUAGAAGAAGAUUAACUGUAGAUUUGAACUCUCUGGAUGUUCCGCCAACUGUGUCAUUGACGACCCUAGUACCACCUGAAGAUACAUCCAGAUCGCCCUUAUUGCAAAUUACUAUCUGUCCCGAUGAAGGCUUUUACAAUGGUGGCCGUUUCAAGUUCAAUUUAACCACUAGUGAAAGUUAUCCCAUUGAUCCUCCAUCUGUUGUGUGCUUACAAAAAAUAUAUCAUCCAAAUAUAGAUUUAAAUGGUAAGAUAUGCUUAAAUAUACUGAGAGAAGACUGGUCCCCAGCUUUGGAUAUACAAAGCGUGAUAGUUGGAUUACUUUUCCUGUUCUUGGAACCAAAUCCAAGGGACCCAUUAAAUAAAGACGCCGCUUCGACACUAAUACGGAAUAGUCACGAUUUUGCUAGGUUAGUUGAAAAGACAAUGCAAGGAGGAAAUUACAUGAACGUGAAAUAUGACUGCGUGCUGUAA